AGUACGUCAAACCGGAGCAGAUAUACGCAUCGGCGCCGAGCAACAACAACAUCCGUCGGAGCUGGGCUGCCACACCUCCAACGACAACUCGCUGCUCUUUCACAACAGCGCAGACUUUGGGAACGGCGAGAACAGCGGCGGUGGCCGGAAGCCGAGCGAGCUCACCUUCAUGCUCUUCGUCUGCGUGAAGCCGCAUAUUCCGCUGAAGCUGCCCGGCUUCUGGGACUUUCUCGCCAAGGGCCACUUCAUCGACAGUAUUGCCGCCUCGCCGCUGAUCAUCAUCUCGCCGCUGGCCGGCGUGCAGAUGUCCUCGCUGAAGAUGUCCAUCGACUCGCACUUCAAGGACAACUUUCCCUUCACCAUUCGCCUGGCGCGGAUCAUGCCCAACACGGCCGUCUCCGUGAACGCCGGCUGCAUCGGCCUGACGCUGCACAGCUCGGCGACGUCGGUCUCCGAGGAGAUUGUGACGCUGCUCAAUCAGCUCGGCUACUGUGCCCUCGUCAGCGAGGACCAGCUCGAUGCGGUGGUCGGCGUGGCCGGCAGCGGCAUUGCCUACGUCUACUCGAUGAUCCAAGCGAUGGCUGACGGCGGCGUCCUCAUGGGCCUCCCUCGCCAGACUGCGAUCAAAUUUGCCGCACAGACGGCUGCCGGAGCAGCCCAGAUGGUGCUAAGGAACAAUGACGGACCAAUCGCCCUGCGUGACAAAGUCUGCUCGCCAGGAGGGACGACCAUCACCGGGCUGUACGCGCUGGAGAAGGGCGGCUUCAAUGCCGCCGUUAUGGCCGCCACGGAGGCGUCCACGAAGAAGUCGCAGGAGUUUAGCAAGCUUUCCUCGCGAAAGUAG